GUCCUUGGUCGGCACCCCAGCACGACGCCGAGAAGGACAUCGCCUGCCUUGCAUCCUCCGCGUGCACCGCCGCCCGGCUCCCGCAGCUCCCCAAUAAGAUGCCAAGGGAGGAGAAGCAGGCCCUGAUCGAGGUCACCAUUGCCGAGCUGGGGUUGCACGGUUGUGCCAACAUAUAUAGUCAUCUGUAACUGGUACCUGGCACCUGUGGGGGAUCAGGUGGCAGCGAUAAGAGCAAGGUCGGUCAGCAUGGCUAUGGGGGUACUGAUGAAGCCUAGGUUACUCAUCCUAAAUGAGCCCACCACUGGUUUGGAUAGUGCUUCGACACUGCAGGGGUUGAUGAGGGACGCUGGCCGAACAAUCAUAGCAUCAAGCCAUCAGUUAAGAUGUAAGGAAGAUCAAAGAGUAGAGCAGAGAGAGCUAGCUCUUAGAUGUAUCAUGGAAUCCAUGUGCAUUGCAAUGUACAUCACUGAAUUGAGUAACAAGAUGCAGAGGUAAUCUGUCUAGGCCUGGUGUUUUUUUCAAGAAUAUCGAAUGAUAUCAUAUCUGCUGUUAUUGUUGUUCAAGACGAGACAAUGCACCACAGCUGUUUGGUUUGAACUUAGAACCACAAUAGCUGUUUGGUUUCAGUCACACUGGUGGCAGAGAUGGCAACUAGGGAGGCGUGUCGAGAGUGCUGGUGCUACCCCAACGAUUGAAGCUUGAUAGAAAACUGGUUUUUGAGGCCUCCUCUUAGGGAAACACUCCAAUGAUUAGAUCAUUCUCAAAAGGCCUAGCGAACACUCAGCUUAGGUGUUGAAUCAUGAAGCACUUUGUCAUGUUUCAGUAAUCAGUAUUUUGUAAUUUGUAAUCACGAUGUACCUUGCAACAAAAAAAUAUUUUA